UAGAAGCCCGCAGCCGAGCUUAGCAGAGCCACUUCUCUCCAGAAGGCUGGAAGCAAUGAGCAGUCCAGUCCUGACAGGCCAGUCAGACAGCAAGGACAACCAGGCUUUCUUUCCGUUUACUCACAGACUCUCCAGGCACCUCCGGCGGGGCCUCUGAAGUCCAUUCUGACCCCAAUCACCCCCCUGCCUCCCGGAUAUGACAGACAUCAGACUCCUGGAGCACAGACCCAGCCUCACGUCUGCCUAACAUUGACAACCUGCGAAUGGACAGAACCACCGGCUUCUUUUUUUACCUCGCUCCUGUCUCUGCUCUCCCAGCCUCUGCCCCACCACAGAACAGGACUCCUGCUUCCUUUACUUUACCACGGGUGUUAAGAGUUUGAGCUGCUGGUUCCUUUGGCUGUAGGGUGGAGUUUGUGUGGGGGAUUUUAGCGUGAGGAUGCUGCCUCUUGUCGUAGUGUGUUCCCUGGGUUUAUUGCUGGGGUCAGGCUGGGCUCAGGUUGCGACCCAGGCCCAGAGCCAGCCUCGAGCACAGGACAGUGCUGCCAAUCCCUGGAGGCAGAGGAUCCAAUGGGAGGACAACGGCCGGGUGUUCAGCCUGCUCAACAGCGGGGCCGAGUACGUCCCCGCCAGAGCCCAAGAGCAGGGCCGAGGUCACAGGAUCGUGGUGGCGGACGCCCGUCCCCGCCCCCGCUCCCCUCGCAGACCCCAGGGGGGCAACGUCCGGCGCCAGGCCCCCUCCAGAGGAAGCUCGGAGACCGUACGAGGGCAGACGAUCCACCCCUUUGGCUUUGGGCAGGUGCCCGAUAACUGGAGACAGGGGACCGUGGGCGUAGGGAGCACCGGCACUCGUUACCAGCCAUCCUCCAGCUCCCGUCACAGGCCCUCCUCUGGAUCUUCCUCGUCUACCUUCUCUUCAUCCUCGUACAAUGUUCCCUCUUACCCCCAAUUCCCCUUCCAACAGCAGCCGUCCUACCCAGCGCUGCCCUAUGACCCCAGCAUGGUGGAGGGGCCAGUCCGGAACUACGAGCCACCCUUCCAGAGCGCCCCUGGAGUGGGCUACGGUGGUGGGGUUUACGGUGGAGGGUACACCGGGGUAGGGUAUGGAGGUGGGAUGAUCCCUGUGGCGCCACGCUCCUCUGAUUACACUGACGAUGCUUACCGCUUCUACCAACCGUAUGGCUUCUUGCCCAACCCUGCUGUGCCAGCGGUGCCGGCUGUGCCAGCCCGGGCAGCACAACCUCCCUUCUCAGACGGCCUGGACCGCAGAUACACACAAUCACUUUACAACGGAGAAUCCAUCGCUGGCGUGGCCGGCGCCCCAGAUGCCAAUGCAGAGCCCCAAGCUGUGCCCGUCGCUCCAGCCGUGGAGAGGACCGGAACGGGAGGGCAGCCCCCAGUGAGAAGCCCCCAGUAUGAGCAGUUUCCUCCAUAUGGGAGACCCCAGCCUCCCUUCCUCCAGCCGGCACCUUCAGGCAGAAACCCACUGUCUCCCAACACGGCCGUGGAAAACCCCAACAUCAACGUUGGGAGUGUGUACCGAUCAGGGCAGAGAGGCUUGCCUGACCUGGUUCCAGAUCCCAACUACGUCCAGGCCUCCACAUACAUCCAGAGAGCUCAUAUGUACUCCCUCCGCUGUGCUGCUGAAGAGAAAUGCUUGGCAAGCUCUGCUUAUACCUCAGAGACCACAGACUACGACGUCAGAGUCCUGCUGCGCUUCCCACAGAGGGUGAAGAACCAGGGUACGGCUGACUUCAUGCCCAACAGACCCAAACAUACCUGGGAAUGGCACAGCUGUCAUCAACACUACCACAGCAUGGAUGAGUUUAGCCACUACGACCUGCUGGAGGUCAGCACGGGGCGCAAGGUGGCCGAGGGACACAAGGCCAGUUUCUGCUUGGAGGACACGACCUGUGACUUCGGUCACCUGAAGCGUUAUGCCUGCACAUCUCACACUCAGGGUCUGAGUCCAGGCUGCUACGAUACAUACAAUGCUGAUAUUGACUGCCAGUGGAUCGAUAUCACAGACAUUCAGCCAGGGAACUACAUAUUAAAGCUUCAGGUUAAUCCCAAGUACCUUGUCCUGGAGUCCGACUUCACCAACAAUGUGGUCAGAUGUAACAUCCACUACACAGGACGAUUUGUAACAACAACCAACUGCAAGAUAGCUCAGUCUUGAUUUGACCUGCUGCUCAGCCAGGGUAGGUCUCCAGAGGAAUGCUGUUACACUUACAAUGUGAAUGGAUUCCUUUUUUCUCCCUUUGUCAAUGAGGUUGUUGUUGUGGUUUGUGUUGUUCUGGUUACCUGGGCCUACUGUGAACAAGGGCUCCAAUGGCACUGAAGAGAGCAUGGGAUAUUUAUACAAGCACACACUGAAAUCCCUGAGCAGGACCAACACUCCAGCAACCUUGAGACUUUCUGGACAUUUUCCUUCUCCAUUAACCAUAACCACCCAAUUUGCCAUCCAACUCCACCCCUCGUCUUCCCACCUGGCCAAUCAUAAUGAGGAUUGUGUACAUAGCAGAGGUGGGGGUAAAAAACAACCUUUUUUUUGGAGUUGAAACAGUGGAUGGCUGUAUCUGUGCACAGACCACUUCUCCGCAUGUGGACAGGCUCCAUUUGGCUGUAAAUAAGGUGUGAAAUGUUUUUCGGUGCUGAAAUGAGUUGUCCCAGACGAGUCAAGGGGUCAACUGCAACCCAACGAAUAAAAUGUUGGAAAAGCCUUCACAUGUAUUCAUCCAUGCUGUCUGGGAGAGGAACAGUGAAGACACAAUGAAGUUCAAUAUCCCAUUGUUUACCUGCCAGACCAAGGAAGUGCGAUUCUCAAGGCACACUGUCUACUGUACACACCUAGUCAUAUUGACAUGUGGAAGUGCAUAGAUCCGUGUCUUGUUUCUCUGUGUCACCUCCAUCGAAUGGUGACCUAGACACCCCAGUGCCAGAGCUAACCUGCUUCACCCCCUCUAAAUCCCCUCAAAGUCAGGUUUUGUCCUUGCCCCUGUUUUCGUAUUUGUCUAACAAGCAAACAGAAAUCUUAGCUGGCAGAAGUGCUAUACUCAAAGAGGUGCUUUCCAGAGAGCUAGACUUACACAGUGUAAACCACGUGUUUACAUUGGAUUUGUGUUUCUUUGUCAACUACCAACACUGGUCAGAUGCCAAAUAGGUCAUCUUUCGCUUUGUAAUAAUGUACAUGACAAUUAACCCACUGAUGCAUGAACUUAGCUUAGCAACUGUUUAACUCUUUGUGUUUCACCUAUAUGACCAUAAAAGGGUCUUCUGUACUGUUUAAAUUGUUGCUGCAAUUGUGAAAUUCCAGGAACGUUUAUGUAGUUUUAAUGCGAAUCCAAAUCAUUCUUUGAUUUAUUCAAUUGUGUGUGCGUGUAUGUGUGUAUGUGCUAUGGCAAAAAUAUACUCUCGUAAAGAAACUACUUUUAUAAACAGUUGAAACUGGCAUUACAACUGUUGUCAUUGUAAUGCCAUGCUGUAGGUGUGGUUUGUUAGAGAGCACCUUGAAGUCAUCAUUACCUACCUCUAUAAGUGAGCUUUUGUUCCAGUUGAGUGUAUGGUUUCCUUCUGAAAUCCCUGGGAUGGCUCAACACUGCUUCCUACAGACUCAUUGCAACACACACUGACAACUCAGUUAGGAUUGUUGAAUAUAUCAAGGAGGAAAUGGUUUAGAACAUUAAAAAAUGCAGAACAGGUCAAGACUAUUAUAAUCAGUUUGUAUACUAUUUACACAUGAACUUUUUUACUUGUACAUAUUCUAUCAAUUCACUGAUCAACAAUUUAGUAUUCAGGUUGCUCUUGAGAUUGUAUGGUUAUCAAGAUAAGUAAAAAGUAUGAUAAUGGAAUUCUAUAAAAUAA